AUUUCCUCCUCAAAAUAGCUGAUAAGAAAUAUUCAAUCCCCCUGGACUCAUUCAUAAACUAGAUGUUCCUUUGAGACACAUUAUAGGAGUAUAAAAUACCUACAAACAUUAUAAUCUCUCAACUUGCAUAAAAGGUUUCCUCCUACAUUCUCAGUAAUUGCUAUUACCAGCCUUUUCUGUUUCAUAUAGGGUCAUCAAAAGUGCGGCCCACUUGGUGUUGGAUCAGCUCGACAGGUCACUCAAUAGCCUUUUACAGUGUUUUUUCCUUCAGUUUCCUUUCCCCAUGGCAUCGAGUUCAACAUCCAAACUGCUAUUCUGUAUUCUUGCUUCACUUUUUCUUGUUUCGACUGGGCAAAACUGUUCAAACUACACUUUCACAGCCAAUAGAACUUUCAGCUCUUGCAAAGAGCUUCCAUAUUUAGAAGCAAACCUACACUGGAACUACAAUUCAUCCAGCACAAAAGUUUCACUUGCAUACAGAGCUAAACAAGAUUCUAAGGGGUGGGUAGCAUGGGCUGUCAACCCUACUAGACGAGGUAUGGUUGGAUCGCAAGCUCUAGUUGCUUUCCAUAACUCAAAUGGUAGCAUGAUAGCUUAUACAACACAAUUAACAAGUUACAAUCCAUCCAUGCUGAAAGCAAAUCUCACCUUUCAGGUUUCGUAUGUAUCGGCAGAAUACUCGAACAAUGAGAUGACUAUCUUUGCGACUAUUGGGCCACUGGGCAAUAGAACCACAGUAAAUCAUGUCUGGCAAACUGGAAGCUCAGUCUCAAGUAACAUCCCUCAGAUGCAUCCAUUAUCAUCCCCUCACCUUCGAUCAUUUGGCGAAAUAGAUUUUCAGACAGUUUGAAAACAACUGCCUGAGAAAAGAUAGUCUCUUUUGUUUUUUAACUUAUCAAAUAAAUAAAUAAAAAUCAUCUUUAGCUUUUAUCCAAUAUUUCCAGAUCAGGUCUCCAAAACGUCUAGAAUAAAACUUCCUAGCAAAUUACUGUCAGAAA